AUGUCUAUCUCCAAAAUUGCUGGUCUGCUUCUCAGCUCGGCUUCCAUGGUCGCUGCUCACGGUUACGUCUCCGGAGCUGUCGUUGAUGGUACCUACUACAAGGGCUUCCUCGUUGACACCUACAACUAUAUGACCGAUGUUCCCGAAAACAUUGGAUGGGCCGAAAAAGCCACAGACAAUGGCUUCGUCGAUGGCUCUUCAUACUCUAGCGGAGAUAUCAUUUGCCACAAGGAUGCGACUCCUGGCGCCAUUUCCGCCGAGGUCAAGGCCGGUGGCAAGGUUGAGCUGCAGUGGACUGCCUGGCCUGAGAGCCACCACGGUCCCGUCAUCACUUACCUCGCUAACUGCAACGGCGACUGCUCUUCCGUCGACAAGACCGCUCUCGAAUUCUUCAAGAUUGAUGAGGCCGGUCUCAUCAGUGACAGCAACGUUCCCGGCACCUGGGCCUCCGACAACCUGAUCUCCGCCAACAACAGCUGGACUGUCACUAUCCCCAGUGCCAUUGCCGCCGGCAACUAUGUCCUCCGUCACGAGAUUAUCGCCCUGCACUCCGCUGGCGAGUCCAACGGCGCUCAGAACUACCCCCAGUGUAUCAACCUAAAGGUCACCGGUGGUGGCAGUGAUGUCCCCAGCGGUACCCUCGGUACCAAGCUCUACACUAACACUGACCCCGGUAUCUUGGUCAACAUCUACACCGCGCUGAGCUCCUACACCAUCCCCGGUCCCGCUCUGUACUCUGGUGCCUCCUCAGGCUCUGCUACCGCCGCCGCUACCACUACUGCUGCUGCCACUGCCGCCGCUACCACUGCCGCCGCUACUACCGAAGCUGCCUUUACUGCCGCUACCACUGCCAGUGCCUCAACCGUGAGUGUUGCUCCCAGCCAGAGCCCCUCUUCGUUCUCGCACCCGCACUUUUCCCGCACCCGCACUCUCUCCCGUCCCACCCCCAGCAACACUCCCAGCGCUGCUGGCCCCUCUGCUCCUUCAUUCUCCAACCCCAGCGGAGCUGGCGCCGAGCCCACCGGCGCUCCUGCUGCCACUGAGACAGCAUAUGCCACGGAGACCGUUGAUGCCACCAAGACCGUUGAUUCUACCGUCCAGGUUACUGAUGAGCCUGUUUCGCAGACCGCUAGCGCUCCCGCUGACAGCGUGACCGUCACUGCCAGCGCCAUCGGUGGACAGUCCGCCCAGAGCUCUACCCCCGCUUCUGGUGACGACUCCUCCGCCGCCGAGGCUAGCUCCACUGCCGUUGCUGUCCCCACCCCCGCUGCCACCUCCACCUCCAGCUCUUCAAGCACCUCCGAUUACUCCGCCUACCUGAGCUCCCUGAGCGCCGACCAGCUCCUCAGCGUCAUUCGCUCCACCCUCAAGUGGCUUGUCUCUGACAACAAGGUUCACGCCCGUGACCUUUCCUCUUAA